CCUGAGGUGGCGCAACUUUCGGAUUCUCUAGUCCUUAUCGUAUGUGGCCAAUUACGGCCUUCAAUGCAUGUUGGGGUUUGUGAGAUAUGUAGCGGGAGCAGCAAUAUCUUAUCAGAUUUUUAUAGUAUUUGGAAUUCUACCAUGUGUUAUCUCUAGCGAGGCUUUAAAUGGAUUGUUAUCAUCAGGUCCAUCGAAAGAUAACAGCGAAAAGUGUACAUUGGCUACCUCUCAUUGUGUCCCAAUCGCUCUACAUCUCAAUCGUACCUGCUUAGGUAAUCAUUUGCCUUACAAACUGACAGCCCCAAUACCACUUGGUGAGGAUGUGACUUUUUACAGCCUAGAGUUUUGGACAGCCCUACAGUCUAUUCCAACAUGUUGGGAUAAAUUACAAUUCUUUUUAUGCUCCGUUUAUGUUCCUGAAUGUGUUGUUAUUCAAACUUCAAAAUUCAUUAAUGCGGAUAGUACGUAUUCAUCUGUCACUACUGGAAAUAAUCAAUCUGAUCUAAAUAAUCAUUCAAUUAAUGUAACCAGUAGUCAGGAAUUCUUCGAUAAAAACAUGUCAGCUGAUAGCUUUCCAUCAUCAUCGACAAAUUUUCAUCGAAUUGUUUUACCAGAAGCUGAAAUGUGUGAAGCCGUACAUAAAGCCUGUCCACUUCUCUUCUCCAUUAUCCACUCAAUGAAUGAUAAUAACAGUAAUAAUGUAAAAAAGAAAUCUACAAAAAUCAAAAACACUGGUACUGGUCACAGUAUUAGUAAUAAUGGUAGUAGUGGUAGAGAUAUUGACGAUGAUACCAGUACUAGUAAACAGCAUAAUCAUUUAUAUCCGAAAUUCUUGGAUUGUUCAUUAUAUACGCCAGGAUGUCGACAGAAUAAAUUAACUGCUCGUUUAUUUCAAAGUAAUGGCGGUGGAUGUCAAUCUCCUCUUGUUACAACAUCAUUAAGACGAAAUUGGAUUCCUGGCAUAGAAAGAUGUAGUUUUCCAUGUCGACGUCCUCAUUUCGAUUCUGACCAUUAUAGAUUAGCUAGAUGGAUUACAGGUUGUGCUGCUUUGUUCUGUUUAUGUACUAAUGUUUUUACAUUGUUCACUAUUCGUUUACAAUUAACUGAACGUAUGGAGAUAACAUUACAGCUUUCAAUAUAUGUUCAUCGUCUUAUUGAUUCACUACACUUGCCAACAUUUUCAACAAAUCGAAAAUCACAUCUUAUCUACAAUGGUAAAUCAUCCAAAUCAUCAGCGACAACAUUAGCAACUUCUUUAACAGGAACAAAAACCACCACAACAACUACAGCAUCUAAUGAAACAGUUUAUAAUCCAUCUUGGCGUUUAUUACAUACAUCAUUAUUUUACAUACAUUUAUUUUUAAUAUUGGGUUGCUUCGGUUGGUUAUUACCUUUAUUACCAACUAUUGGUGAAUAUGUUGCUUGUCGGGAAGAUGGUAGUCUUCGUGUUGGUGAACCACAAAUUAGUUCCGGAAAAUCAUUUCUAUGUAUCAUCGAUUUCAUCUUAUUGUAUUUCUCUUCUAUGGUUGCUGCUAUUUGGUCGAAUAUUUUUGAUUAUGCAUUAUUAUAUCAAAUGAAAAAAAUUAAUUAUAAUCUAACUAAUCAACUGUCUCAUCAACAAUUCCCUCCUAAACAUCAUCAUCGUUACCAUCAUUAUCAGUACAAGAAUAAAUUACAUCGACAACAAUCACAACAUCGGAACCACCGUCGUCGCCAGCGUCAUAAUCAUCACGAACAACAACAACAACCAUCUCAACAAUACCAUAACGAUGUUGAAAUGAAACAUUUUCAAUCAUAUAUAACAAAAUUCAGUGAGAAUUUAUCUAAAAAAUAUAAUAAAUCGUCAGAUCGUUCUAUGCCAAAACGAAUAUCUGAUGAACCUUUAUCAGAGAUAACAAAUUCAGUGAAUUUAACAAAUGAAAAAUCAUCUGAAUUUGAAUUAGUUAAUGAAGAACAUUUUGUUCCGAAUAACGAUACUACUACUACUACUGCUACUGAUACUACUAAUAAAAAUACACUUGAUUUGAAUAUUGAUAAUAAUAAGAACAACAGUACAACCACUAAUGUUUAUAAUGAAGCAAUCAUUGAAUCAUUAAAUGUACCAAUUUCAAAAGAUUGUCCAAGUAAUACUAAUAUGAUUAAGAAAGAAUGCAAAUUAUCUUGUUCAUUUUCGUCAUCAUCAUCAUCAUCAUCAUCAUCUUCUGCUUCAUCAUCUGCAUCACCUUCAUCAUUGACAUCUUCAUCUUCUUCAUUAUUGUUGUUAUCAAGUCAAAAUGUUGAUAAUGUGGAAAAAAUGGAUGAUAGAGCACAAUUGUCUAAUAACAAUAAUAAUAAUAAUAAUACUUAUACUGAUAAUAGUUUUACAACUGAUAAACUUCACAAUCCUAUGCAUAAAUUCCGUAAACACAAAAUAAAAGGUUUACAUUCAAGGGAUUAUCAUUUUGGUGACAAUUAUCAUAAAUUACAUUCUUCUCCUUCCAGUCAUAACCAUAGUCUAGUAUGCUUGGAGUCGAUUCCUCAACAUUCACCAGGAAUAGAUAGUAUUUGUUUAAAUCCAUAUCAUAAUUAUCAUGAUCGUCGACAUCAUCCACAUCAACACCACCUUCAUCAUCAUUGUCGUACUGGUAGUCAUAACUACUAUCAACAAUAUAAAUUUGGUUCAUUUACUGGAAUCCCACUAAAUUCACUUGUCGAUUUAUUAUCGUCUGAUUGUAUAGAUUCAUGUUUUCAUUCAUCCUCGUGUUUUCCGAUUUCUAAACCAUUAAUCUCACAAAUAUUAUGGAUUCAACUAUUUACUAGUGAUAAAUAUCUUUUUAUUCACAACAUUGAUACAAUUGGAACUGUUGAUGAUAAUACUACUAAACAUGGCCAUCAUAAUGAAGAGGAUGGUAAUGAUGAUGCUGCUGAUCACGAUGACAAAAUUGAUGGUCAUUUUUUAAAUACAAAAACUACCGCUAAUACUACAACAACAACAACUUGUUCUCAUAUGAGAUCACUUAUGCUAAAUCAAGGUGUUAUCAUUUCAUCACCAAUUAAUAACCAGUCAAUAAAUACUCAACCGCAAACAACCUGUUUACAUUUCUUAGCGCUUGCUAUCCCUUUGGUGUUUACGUUGAUUAUUUUGACAGCUGCAGAAAUUGAUGGAAAUUCAUUGAGUGGAAUUUGUUCUGUUGGUUUAAUCAAUAUAUGGGCACGUGUUGGACUAUUAUUAAUCCCGUUCACAUUAUGUCUAAUAAUAAAAUUCUAUUAUUUUAUUCAAUUAAUGCAUCAAUUUAUGAAAUUACGUCAUAAGUUCUUGUUAUCCUCAUUUCAUGUGGAUCAUGAAAUAGCUCAACGUUUAGUACGUUAUUGUUUAUUUUAUGGUAUAUUUCUGAUGUUUCUACUAAGUUUAUGGUUAUUUUCAAUUUGUAUUCAUACUUAUGUAUAUUUAAAUGAACCUGUCUGGUUGGAAUCACAACGUCGUUUAUUCUUAUGUCGAAUACGUUAUCGUCUAUUAGGACUUGAUGAAUUAGCCUCAAUGAAUGUUUGUGUAAAUACAGCUUUUUCGUAUGAAACUGUUGAUACAUCACCAUCUUCAAUAUUGUCAUCAUCUGCAGCAACAAUGGCUGCAUUCACUCCAUCAUUGAAUAUUCAUUCAAAUCAUAUAAGUUCAACAUUUCCAACGAAAAAUCAUAUCUCAAUAGAUGAUUCCUUCAUGUUAAACAAUAUGGCUGAUUUGCAAUCAUCAUCUACACAGUCAAUAUCUGAUUUGUUAAUGAUGAAAUCAUCUGAUCUACAAAUACACCACCAACAACAGCAAAUUGUGAAACAACAGCGACAAACAGGAACAUCAAUUCAACAGAAUAAUGAUGAGACAGCAUCAUCAUCGUCAUUAACUGCAACACGAAUGUCAACUUAUCUGCCUAUUGAUAAUGAUGAGAUGAUAUCGAUUCAAAAGCCAUCCGUUGGUCCAUUACUCUUACAUUUAAUCGUUUAUUUCGCUAUAAAUCUCUUGUAUAAUUCAAUGUGUUUACUAGAUCCAUCAGUGAAACGAACUUGGUGGUAUUUGCUUAAACGAGUUAUAUUUUGGUUUCAACGUAAAAAGAGAAAUUUCUUUCAUCAUCAACGGCAACAACAGCAUCCACGUAACCGGCAUCGCUAUCAACACCGACAUUAUCAUUCACCUUAUUCACAUGAUUAUAGUGAUAAUGAUAAUGAUCGUGAUAUUGUUCAUAAUAAUAAUAAUGAGAAUGAGAAUAAUCUUGGUAUCUUGAAUGAUAAUGAUGAUUUCAUUAAAUCUUAUUUAAAUCAUUUAAUAAUUGGAUUCAGUUGGUGGGAUCCUGGUUUCUUUAUAAUACCUACACCGAUUCUAUCAAAUAAUGAUUUAUGGAAAAAAUCUGGCGUAUUUUAUUCACAUGAAAAAUAUUCUAAGAAAUUACAAGAUUUUGAAUUAGUCAAACGUAAAUCAAAUCGUUUUACUGAUCAUGAUAAUAAUUAUUCUACUACUAAUACAAAUACUACUACAAUGAUUAGUAGUAGUAUGUUAAAUUGCACUGACAAUAAUGAUGGCAAUCAUCAUCGUCAUAAACUUGUCAAUAAAAUUAAUCAUACUACUGAUCAUGACAUUGUGGAUUUUAAUGCAGAUAAUAAUGAUAAUAAUAAUAACAUCCUAGAGCAAUUGGAUCAUGUAGUGAGUCCAUUGGAAUCAUUAUUACUGUUGUUACAAUCAAACACAUCAAAUCCUCAACAUUUAUCGAAUUUAUUAUCGAAAUUACUACUUUUAUCAGUGAAUAACAAUAAUUCGAAUGGUUUAUUAGAACAGUCAGUUUUAAAUCAGCAAAGAAAUUCACAAUUAUCUUCAACAUCAUCUUCAUCACCACCGUCUUCAAUUCAUGAUAAUAAUAAUAAUAAUUUGGAAACUUUAUUAUUGUUCGUUUUACGCCAAUUGUAUCAAUUAUCAUCUACAAGUGGGUUGACAGGUAUCUCUAAUGAUAAUGGUCCUGUUAAACAUCAGGAUAAUGUUAUUACUACUAGUUCCACAACUAAUACUACUAUUACUAAUAAUAAUAGUAGUAUUGGUCUUAGCCAAAAUACUAAUCAUAAUUUAACUGGCAAUACAAUGAUCAAUCAAACAACAGAAUUGAUUCCGACUACUUUGAUUCGUAAUAGUAGUAAUGUUAAUUUGACUGGGAGUAAUCAUCAUCAUUCCAAUCAUUCUUUGUCCCAUCAGUCAGAUCUAACAGCUACAUUGACUGCGGCAGCUGCCUAUGAACAGUAUCAAAAACAGUUAUCGGAUUUAACAGCAAGCAUCACACAACGUCGAAGCAGGCACAAACGAUUAUUAUCUGGACGUUCGUCAAUUCGUCGUCGUAGUCAAUCGCAUAGUCUACCUACAAAUGGUUUAUUUUUACCUAGUUUAACUACAUCAAUGAAUGUUACCAGUAAUAGAAUAAAUUCUUCAUUAUAUUCUACAGAAUCCAAAUCAAUCGAACAACCAUUUACAUCAAUUCAAACAGGAACAAUAACAACAACAGCAGCAGCAUCAGCAACAUGUUUACCACUUGGAAGAAGAGGUUCAUUCAAUGUAUUGCAAGCUGCAGUUUCUAUGUUUGCUGCUGCAGCUGUCGCUUCUACCAAAAUGAAUAAUAAUGUUAAAAGUAAUACUAGUAAUAAUUCUUUCAAUAAUCGACGCCGAUUAAGUCAAUCUGGUUUAAGUGGAAUUGAUACAUUUUCUACACAUCAUUUGGAUAGUUCUAGUGGUACAGCUUCAGCUUUUGGUGGAAGUCAAAUCUCGUCAACAUCCAUUCGAAGUGCUUUAACUAGUGUCGGUCUAUCUCAUCGUCAUCACCGCCAUCAUCAUCAUCACCGUCGCCGACGUCAAAACAAUCAUACUCGACCAUCUUCAACAUCUGAAGCUCGCUUAAUUAAUAGUAUCAAUAAUUAUAAUAAUAGCACUCUGAAUAAUAUACAAUCUAAUACCAUUGGUCUAUCGACCACUACAAAGUAUAAUAAUAGUAAUAAUAAUAAUGUACAUAGUAUGGGCAGUCGAAUGUCAUCAUUACGAUCAAUAUCAUGUGCUUCUUCGUCAGGUGCUGAAUCAUACAACUCGUAUCGAUUAUUAAUUAAUCAAGCUGGUGCAAGUUGGCGCGAAUUAUGGCGUACACGAAUGUUAUUAAUGCAUGUGUUACGUUGGGCUGAAAAUGUUACAUCAUUUAUGCAACCGAACACUAACACUACUACUACUAGUAAUAAUAAUAGUAGUAACAAUAUAAAUUCCAGUGUACUUAAUGAUGAAUUUAGUAAAUCACAAAUUAGUCUAUCAAACCAUUUUGAUGCACCCAUAAAUAAUAAUAUAGACUGUGUGAAAACACCGACAACAUGUAUUACUACUACUAUGAUGACGGUGACGACGACCACAUCAGCUAUUGUUACCACUUGUAGUUGUGACGAUUUCAGUGAUGGAAGUAGAAGUAGUCCAUGCAAUAUUAAUCAACAAAUACCGGUAUUCACGUCUAAACCUACCGAUGGUAUAAAUGAUUUCAAUGGACAACUAAUUCAAUUGAUAAUGUCAUUGAUUGGACAACAAAACCAGAAUCAAUUUGUCAAUCCUGGAAUUGGAUCCCAAUCAAAACUGGACAUAGACACACAAUUAUCAACUAACCCACUGAAUAAUUUACAUAUUGAAUCACCGUUACAAACAGUUAUUACUACUAUGACAACAACAACAACUACUACUACUAUAAGUAGUAUCAGUCAUUUCGUUGGACAAACACAUCAGUUGACCACUAUGGAUCCUAUGAUGGCAGCAGCAUUUGCUGCGGCAACAGCGGCAGCUACUGUAGCUCUACAACAACAACAAGCUUUACGCCAGUCGUCGCCAUCGAAUUCAACAUCAUCUCCCGCCGCUAUCGGCGCUGUUACUUUUGGUACCCCGACAUCUACCAUUCAUAAUUACAACAAUGAUAUCAAAAUGUCUCAUCAGAAUGUUAAUACAAGUAAUGCAAAUAUUAACAGCCAAUUCUGUCACAAUGUAAAUCAUCCAGUUAUGACACAUUGGACUACUGGAUCAUGUUCACUAGGACCGAUGCAGCAAGAUAUAUAUCACUCAUCAAGUGGUCAGCAUUUAACAUCACCAGCAUAUAAUCCUUCCAAGAAUAAUGAUAAUAAUAUCCCGCAUAUAACACCAAUCAAAAAUAUUUCACCCUAUUCACAAACUACUAACAAUUGGUUCCCUGAAAUGCCAUCAACCUCUAAUCGUCAUCAUCUGCAUCAUCGUUCGUCAUGUGAUCCAAAUUCUUUGAGAACUAUUCAUAUGUUAAACAAUAAUAAUAUUGACAAUCAACAAAUGAAUAUAAAUAAUAAUAAUGUUAAUUAUGAUAUGAAUACGAUAGGACCAUAUCAUAAUUAUUUUAUGCAACCAAAUUCUACGUAUAGAACUAACGUAUCUUCUGAUGAAAAUCACCAUUUUUAUCAGUGUACUACUGCACCAGAUCUACUUUUGGAUCAUGAACAACUUACUACUACAGAAAGAUCUAGAAAUAUAUCUAAUCCAUCACCAAGUUGUUCAUCAUCACAGUUAUUAUCUCGACACCAACAACAACUGCCUGUGAACUGUCUAAUAGAUAAUUGUAAUCAUUCUGUAAUUCGUUUAACUAAUUCAUUUCAUUCACCUGCUAACAACACUGUUAGUAAUGUUUCACAAAUUCCAAUGUUACCUUUCUCUUCUACAUUAUCCUCUGUGCCGAAUUCACAACAAAGUAAUUAUACAUUAUAUCCUAAUACAUGUACAAAUCCAUAUAUUGUAACUGAAAUUCCACUUGUUAUCAAUGAACAAAAUCCCAAACAAUCUCUAAUUACAUCUCAAAACUAUAUUCUUGAUUGUGAAUCCAAUGUAAAAUUAUUACACAAUCCAUCUGAAAACGCUAUCCUCACCAGUCGUAAUAAUAAUGACUCAGAUGCAUUUGAUAGUGAAGAUGAAAUUGUUUCAGUAAAUGAAGACGAUGGUGAAUUUUUUGAAGUUGACAGCGAUGACAUUAACAAUAACAAUCCUGAACAUAAUGACCAACACCAAAGUCAACAACAUACAAAUUUGUUAUUUACACAUAUUCCCUAUAUUGUAACAAAUCAAAGUUAUGCUAAUAAUUAUGAACCAAUGAUUGAAUUGAAUGCUAAUUCACGUGAAUAUUUUAUUCCUGGUUUUGUAAGUUCAACUUACCAUCAUCAUCAUCAUUUGACUACAAUUGAACCAGUUAAAGUCACUACAACAAUAACAACAGCAAUAAACACAAGAACAACAACUCAUUGUCUUCCAUCUCAUCCUUUGUCAGUUUAUUCGAAUAUCUUAAUGCAAAGUAAAUGUUCUACAUAUAUUAGUCCAGAUGAUGGUGAAAUAUCUAGUGUUAGUCAAAGUGCUAGUCAAGUUGUUCCAUGUGCAUCAUCACCAUCGUCUUCAUCAUCUUCAUGUACAGACCCAUCAUCUUCGUCAUCCUCAUCAUCAUCAUUUUCAAAGUCUAAAUUAUCGCCCAAAUUAAAUUCAUAUAAUGAUCAAUUAACUCCUAAACCUAUUGUCGUUACUUGUGCACAACUUGAUCAUAUCAUCACUGAUCCUUCACCGUUAUCUUCUUCUUAUUCUGUUACUUUAUCUCAGCAUAUUGAUCAACAUAAUGAUUCUAUUAUCAAUGUACAUCAUAUCAAAUUGUUACCACUUGAUAAACAAUCAAAUUUAAAUGAGACAAAAAUGAUCGAUGAAACAACAACAAUGUAA